UCAGCUGACGGCGGCUAUAAAACACCCGCUGGCCCCGCGGCACGGCCACAUCGAGCCCACCAUGGCCAACGCGCUGCCUGCCUGCCUGCUCCUGGCCCUGCUGCUGCUGCCCCCAGCCCUGCUGGCACAGCAGGAGCGAGGGCUCAUCUUCAACCUGGACAUCGGGGAGCUGUGCCUGCAGAGUGCCCAGUGCAAGAGCGGCUGCUGCCACCGCACCAGCGGCCUCAGCCUGGCCCGGUGUGCUCCGAAGGCAGCUGAGUCCCAGGAGUGCUCUCCAAAGAGCAUCUAUGGGGUCUACUACAAGUGUCCCUGUGAGAGCGGCUUGACCUGUGACGCCGACAAAACCAUCGUGGGCUCCAUCACCAACAGCGACUUCGGGGUCUGCAGGGACCCCCAGGAGUCCAGCAGGCGGUGAAGAAAGAGCCCCGCUGUGCCCCUCCGUGCUGCCCCUGCCCCCUGCCUUUCCCUCUCUCCUGGGUCUUGCUGCGGGAGAAUUUGAAUAAACACCAGCUUCUGCCGAGC